ACGGGGACAUAAAACUACAGCGUCUGGCCUGAAGCGGUCGGUGCUGAGUUUCUGCUGCAGGUCCGGGUCCUGCCGCUGGAUUCUCCCCAUCGGCUUUUUGGGAAAGGGGUCCCGCAUGUCUAAUAUUUAGACAUGUUGAGCUUUGUGGAUUCCAGGACUGUACUGCUACUUGUAGCAACCCAAGUCUGUCUAGUAGCCGUCGUGAGAUGUCAAGAGGAGGACGACCAGACGGACGCUUUUAGCUGUAUACAGGACGGACAGCGCUAUAUCGACAAGGACGUGUGGAAACCGGAGCCUUGUCGCAUCUGCGUGUGUGACACUGGAACCGUCCUGUGUGAUGAAAUUGUCUGCGAGGAACUAAAAGACUGCCCCAAGCCUGAAAUCCCAUUCGGAGAGUGUUGUCCCAUCUGUGCAGCUGAUACGUCUCCACCCAUUGGAGUCCCUGGAGCUAAGGGUCAGAAAGGCGAACCCGGAGACAUUACCGAUGUUGUAGGACCGAGAGGACCAGCUGGCCCCAUGGGCCCUCCAGGAGAGCAGGGGCCCCGCGGAGCAAGAGGCGACAAGGGAGAGAAGGGAAGCCCUGGUCCCCGCGGCAGAGAUGGUGAACCUGGUACCCCUGGAAACCCCGGCCCCCCCGGACCUCCAGGCCCAAACGGACCCCCUGGACUUGGUGGAAACUUUGCUGCUCAGAUGGCCGGUGGCUUUGACGAGAAGUCCGGCGGCGCACAGAUGGGUGUGAUGCAAGGACCAAUGGGCCCCAUGGGACCCAGAGGACCCCCCGGCCCCUCCGGAGCACCUGGCCCACAAGGUUUCCAAGGCAACCCAGGAGAGCCUGGAGAGCCUGGACAAACUGGUGCUAUGGGUCCUCGUGGCCCCUCUGGACCUCCUGGAAAACCUGGAGAGGAUGGUGAAGCUGGAAAACCUGGGAAAUCUGGUGAGCGAGGACCCGCUGGGCCUCAGGGAGCCCGUGGAUUCCCAGGGACACCUGGGCUGCCUGGCAUCAAGGGACACAGAGGUUAUUCAGGACUGGAUGGUGCAAAGGGAGAAACUGGAGCGGUUGGCUCUAAGGGUGAGGCUGGGGCUCCUGGGGAGAGCGGCGCUCCUGGACCCAUGGGACCUCGUGGUUUGCCUGGAGAAAGAGGCCGACCUGGACCAAGCGGGGCUGCUGGAGCUCGGGGAAACGAUGGCUUGCCAGGUCCUGCUGGUCCCCCGGGCCCUGUUGGUCCCUCUGGAGCUUCAGGAUUCCCAGGUUCACCUGGUUCCAAGGGAGAAGCUGGACCUACUGGAGCUCGUGGACCUGAAGGUGCUCAAGGACCUCGUGGAGAGUCUGGCACACCUGGAUCACCUGGACCUUCUGGUGCUUCUGGCAACCCUGGAACUGAUGGCAUCAAUGGAGCUAAAGGAUCAGUUGGUGCGCCUGGUAUCGCUGGUGCUCCUGGUUUCCCUGGACCUCGUGGGCCUCCAGGGCCUCAGGGAGCUACUGGACCUCUUGGACCUAAAGGAACAUCUGGAGACCCAGGUAUUCCAGGAUUUAAGGGAGAGGCUGGGCCCAAAGGAGAAAUUGGACCAGUUGGGCUUCAGGGAGCACCUGGGCCAAUAGGAGAAGAGGGCAAGCGAGGACCCAGGGGUGAGCCCGGUGCUGCUGGGCCACUCGGACCUCCUGGAGAGAGAGGAGCUCCUGGUAACCGUGGUUUCCCUGGUCAAGAUGGUCUGGCUGGUCCCAAGGGAGCCCCUGGUGAGCGAGGACCCGCUGGUGCCAGUGGACCCAAGGGUGCUAAUGGGGACCCAGGCCGUCCUGGAGAGUCUGGUUUGCCUGGUGCCAGGGGCCUGACUGGACGCCCUGGUGACGCUGGUCCUCAAGGCAAAGUUGGACCUUCAGGAGCUGCUGGUGAGGACGGACGUCCAGGACCCCCUGGCCCACAGGGAGCCCGCGGACAGCCUGGCGUCAUGGGCUUCCCUGGACCCAAGGGAGCAACUGGUGAGCCUGGAAAGUCUGGUGAGAAAGGGUUGGCUGGAGCUCCUGGUCUAAGGGGUCUGCCCGGCAAAGAUGGAGAAACCGGUGCUGCCGGACCCCCUGGCCCCGGCGGCCCUGCUGGAGAGAGAGGAGAGCAGGGACAGCCCGGUCCAUCAGGCUUCCAGGGUCUGCCUGGACCCCCUGGCCCUCCUGGUGAGGGAGGAAAACCCGGAGACCAGGGUGUUCCUGGAGAGGCUGGAGCUGCUGGUGCUACCGGACCCAGAGGAGAGCGUGGUUUCCCCGGAGAGAGAGGAGCAGCUGGCACGCAGGGUCUGCAGGGACCGAGAGGUCUGCCUGGAACUCCUGGUAGCGAUGGACCCAAGGGAGCCAUUGGACCCGCUGGUGCCGCAGGAGCCCAGGGACCACCUGGCCUGCAGGGUAUGCCUGGAGAGAGAGGAGGUGCCGGCAUUCCUGGGCCCAAAGGAGACAGAGGCGACCUUGGGGAGAAAGGACCUGAAGGUGCUUCAGGCAAAGAUGGCGCCAGAGGCCUCACAGGUCCCAUUGGUCCUCCUGGCCCUGCUGGCCCCAACGGAGAGAAGGGUGAAUCUGGUCCUGCUGGUCCUUCUGGGGCUCCUGGUACCCGCGGUGCACCGGGCGACAGGGGUGAGACCGGACCUCCAGGACCUGCUGGAUUUGCUGGACCUCCUGGUUCUGAUGGUCAGCCUGGAAUCAAGGGAGAGCAGGGAGAAUCUGGACAGAAGGGAGACGCUGGUGCCCCUGGACCCCAAGGACCAUCCGGUGCCCCUGGACCUGCAGGUCCAACAGGUGUUUCUGGACCUAAAGGCGCUCGCGGUGCUCAGGGACCUCCUGGUGCCACUGGUUUCCCUGGAGCUGCUGGUCGAGUUGGACCCCCAGGUCCCAAUGGUAAUCCUGGGCCUGCUGGACCUGCUGGCCCCCCGGGCAAAGAUGGACCCAAGGGUGUGAGGGGGGACAAUGGACCCCCAGGCAGACAGGGUGAUGCUGGGCUUCGUGGUCCUGCUGGGGCUCCGGGAGAAAAGGGAGAUGCUGGAGAGGACGGUCCUCCUGGUCCGCUUGGUCCUUCAGGUCCUCAGGGUCUGGCUGGGCAGCGCGGUAUCGUUGGUCUACCUGGACAGCGUGGGGAGAGAGGAUUCCCUGGACUGCCUGGUCCUUCUGGUGAGCCUGGUAAACAGGGAGCUUCUGGUGGGGCAGGAGACCGUGGACCCCCUGGACCUGUUGGACCUCCUGGACUCACUGGACCUGCAGGAGAGCCUGGUAGAGAGGGCAACCCUGGGUCUGAUGGGCCUCCUGGUAGAGACGGUUCUGCUGGAAUCAAGGGUGAUCGUGGUAACACCGGUCCAGCUGGUGCUCCUGGUGCUCCAGGUGGUCCUGGUGCUCCUGGCCCAGUUGGUCCCACUGGCAAACAGGGAGACAGAGGAGAGGCUGGUGCACAAGGACCUGCAGGACCUCCAGGCCCUGCUGGAGCCAGGGGAAUGCCUGGACCACAAGGGCCUCGCGGUGACAAGGGUGAGGCAGGAGAGUCUGGCGAGAGAGGACAGAAAGGACACAGAGGUUUCACUGGUCUGCAGGGUCUUCCUGGACCUCCGGGUCAAGGUGGAGACCAGGGUGCUACCGGACCUGCUGGACCGUCUGGACAGAGAGGACCACCUGGACCUGUUGGUCCCGCUGGAAAAGAUGGUGCAAAUGGUCUGCCAGGACCCAUUGGUCCCCCUGGACCUCGUGGUCGCAGUGGAGAGACUGGUCCAUCUGGUCCCCCUGGAACCCCCGGACCCCCCGGUCCUCCUGGUCCCCCUGGGCCUGGCAUUGACAUGUCUGCCUUUGCUGGUCUGGGGCAGACCGAGAAGUCCCCUGAUCCUCUCAGGUACAUGAGGGCCGACCAGGCUUCCGGAAACCUCCGUCAGCAUGAUGCCGAGGUCGAUGCCACUCUUAAAUCUCUAAACAACCAAAUUGAGAACAUCCGCAGCCCCGAGGGAUCCAAGAAGAACCCAGCUCGCACCUGCAGAGACCUGAAGCUCUGCCAUCCUGACUGGAAGAGCGGAGAGUACUGGAUUGAUCCUAAUCAGGGUUGCACAGUUGAUGCAAUCAAAGUCUUCUGCAACAUGGAGACAGGAGAGUCCUGUGUCCAUCCCAGACCUUCUAACAUUCCUCGUAAGAACUGGUGGUCCAGCAAGAGCAAGGACCGCAAGCACAUCUGGUUCGGCGAAACAAUGACUGGAGGAUUUCACUUCAGCUACGGUGAUGACAGCCUGGCGCCCAACACUGCUGCCAUUCAGAUGACCUUCCUGAGAUUGCUUUCAACCGAGGCUUCUCAAAACCUCACCUACCACUGUAAGAACAGCGUGGCCUACAUGGAUGCCUCGACAAGCAACCUGAAGAAGGCCGUGCUCCUGCAGGGCUCCAACGACGUGGAGAUCCGAGCUGAGGGCAACAGCCGCUUCACUUACAGCGUGAUGGAGGACGGCUGCACGAGACACACAGGACACUGGGGCAAGACAGUGAUCGAAUACAGGUCACAGAAGACUUCUCGUCUGCCCAUUGUGGACAUUGCCCCCAUGGAUAUUGGAGGAGCCGAUCAGGAGUUCGGAGUUGAUGUUGGGGCAGUCUGCUUCUUGUAAAAUCAAGCAGAAAAAAAAAGAGUGAAAAGCGAGAAGAAUAAAACGAAAGAGGAGCACACUACAGAUAAAGAAGGAGAGAAAGAGGAAAAAAAGAAAAAUCAAGACACUUGUUUUAAACGGGACGAUUUUCUAAGUAAAAAAUGUUUUUUUCCAAGUUGAACUCCGUAGGAUAUCUGCACUGGAUGACACCAGCAACUGUCAUCUGUGGUUCAUCCAGCAUCGCCUCUAGUCAACUCACCUCCGACACGGGCACCAAGCAUUCCCCAAAAGCCCCCACAACUCCCUCCCCCCACUUUACCCUGUACCCUGAGUGAAACGACGAGCUCCUAAACCAAACGCUGCAUCCACGAUCAAGACAGAGGGAAUAUGAGGAGAAUAUGGGAACAUGCCAGAGAGCUAGGGAGAGAAAAAUGUGUGGUGUUAUUUAUUUAUUGUUUCGGUUUGGGUCCCAGGUGCGAUAGGACUGAGUUUGUUGCUAAGUAUUAAAAAAAUGCCCACUUACAAAAAAUAACCUUCAAUCCAUAAAUGUCUUUCACUUCCUCAUUUUUUUUUCCACUAAAGCAGGUGCAUCUCUUUGUUGUAAUAAAAAAAAACAAUGGUGCUAUUGUUGUAAAACAGUCUGUAUUUUUUAACAUCCAUAUACUCAUUUGUAGCGAUGUCUAUAUAUGUAUAUGUGCGUAUACAUAUAUAUCCAGUUUCUCAGAGAGAGCAUUUCACCUGGGAUGUUGGAUUUCAGGAUGAUAGAUCUCUCCUGCCAUGCCCCACCCUCCUGAUUCAGCCCUUUUCAAACACAUGCCCCCGAUAUAUUUUAUAAUCACGACCUUCUUUUGGAACAAAUGAAAUUUCUUUUUUAUUUGUUUUUAAAGCUACCUCACAUAACUAAAACAAAAAGGCUUUCCCCGUAAUUCUUUGUUUACAAAUAUAUCCCAUAUUUCAGGCAAGUAAUACACCAAUGUUUUAAAAUAUUGGCUCAUGAAAGCCCACUCUGCUGCCCCCCCCCCAUUUGCUGUGACCUUUGACCCCUCUCCCUCUCUACAUCAGUUCCCUCACACAAGGUGUGCCCUCUGCUUUGGCACAGAUGGUGAGAUUGAAGGUGUGUUUGACCUGAUUGCAGUUUUACAGCCAGUGCAGAUGGUACAUUUGUGUGAGGUUGUGUAUAUUUUUUAUUAUUAUUAAUAAUGUUAUUAUUAAUAAUAAUAGCAAUAGUAUAUUAUUAUUAUUAAUAUCAUGACGUGUUUUUUGUUACGUUUUAAUUAAUGUAAAUUGGAAAUAAAAGACAAAACGAAGUAA